AUGAAGUUCUCAAUCGUCCUCCUUGCUUCUCUCACCUCCCUCAGUUCCGCCUGCAUCUACCCCCGCGCCGGCGAAGCCACCUUCACCUACGAGGGUGCCGGCGGACCGCUCGUCUGGCACCACCUCAACGCCACCACCAACGGUGCCUGUGCCCAGGGAAAGACCCAAUCCCCCAUCAACGUCGACACCAAAUCCGACAUUGGAACCGCCGUCUCCACCAAGCUCUCAUACCCCGCCCAGGCCAGCUUCACCUCGGAGAACAACGGACACACCCUCCAGUACUCGCCGCCCAAGAAUGCGAACUUCACGGCCACCCUCGGUGGGAAACAGUACCAGCUGCUGCAGUUCCACUUCCACACCCCCAGUGAGCACAGAUUGAACAAGGAGCACUUCCCGCUCGAGGUCCACUUUGUCCAUCAGAAUGCGGCGGAUAAGUCGUUGGCUGUAGUGGGUGUGUUCUUUGAUGUGGCGAGAGGACCUGGAGAUGGGUUCUUGAUGGGUGUUCAGGCGGGACUCAAGGAUGUGGAGGAGAAGGGAGAUGAAGGAACUGCAAACAUUCACCUUGGAUCGAUCACCAAGAAGGUCGCAAAGUCAACAGUGUACAACUACAAGGGAUCCCUCACCACCCCGCCAUGCACGGAGGAGAUCAACUGGUUCGUCGUCCAGGAGCCAUUGCACGUCUCGAUUGAGCAGUACAAUCAGAUGAAGAAGAUCAUGAAGUACAACUCCAGAUUCACCCAGAACGAGCUGAACCACAAGGAGAACAUCAUCGAGGACUCCUGCGGCGCCAUCUAA